UAUAUUAUUUAAUGGACCGCGCUGAUGAUGGCGCACAUUAUGUGAUGCAAAAUGGACACGAGACAGGUGUACCCGAACCUAACGGACCUGCUGUACCAACAGAACUUGGACCGUUUGGCCGAGGGCGAGAAAUUCGCGAGCGACAGAUUCGACCAUGAUAGAUACGAAAACGAUCGGUCCACGUCAGUAUCCCUGGAGGAGGAAGACAGCUCGUCCGCUUUUGGGGUCGAUUUGAGCGGGAAGAACACGAAUUUGGGCGGGAAAUCGUUCACGAUAGCUGCCAUACUGGGUUUGACCAAGUCUGAGGAAGAUGUCAUGAACCUGAGCGUGCAGGAGCGCUUGCAGCAGAACCAGAAGCAUUUGCAGAACUAUUUGUAUUCGGGACAUGAAGUGCCGCGGAAUAACGAAUUCUGCCGGCUUGGCGUGCCGACGGCGCUGCGGCAGGAUACCCCGAGGUCCGAGCUGAGGCCGCAGGUGGCGCAGAUGAAAACCUCAAGGUCACACUCAAUAUCCUGUUCGAAUAGUUCCGGCAGAAGUAAGAGGAUAAGGACAAUCUUCACUCCAGAGCAGCUGGAGCGCCUGGAAGCGGAGUUCGAGAGGCAACAGUACAUGGUGGGGCCAGAGAGGCUCUAUCUGGCUCAUGCUUUGCAGCUCACCGAAGCUCAGGUGAAAGUGUGGUUUCAAAACCGUCGCAUCAAAUGGCGGAAGCAUCACCUGGAAGUCACGCAGCAGAGGCUCGCUGUUCUCCAGAGGCACAGGCCCGAGGAACGGGAGGAUGAUAUUUAAGAUUUUAAUUAAUUCAUUCAAAUAUAUGCUAUUCCAUAGAGUAUGAGACCGCCUAAAGACUUUUGUGUUUUGUUUUUUUGUGGUCGAUCCGUUAUUUUUCUUCUGUAUAUAUAUUUCAAGAUCUCGUGUGACGAUGUUGGUCACCAUACACCUACGAAACGGCUGAAUUUUUAUAAAAUAUUGUGUUCUUAUCGGGUAGGUCUGAGACACGCUAAAAGAGUGGUAUUAUAAAUUUGACGUCGAUGUGUGGCUAUCUGUGUGGCAGCGUAAUGGAUGGACCGAUAUCGAUGCGACUUUUUUUCUUUUGAAAUCCUCUAUAUUAGGUACGACAUAACCCACGGCCUCUUCCCCGGGCGCCGUGGGUAUCUAUGCAAGAUUUCUCCACUUAAAAAAAGAAGAAAA